AGUCUUAUUGAUGUUGGCCAGGAAAUGAAGAGUUGCAUGCUCACGGCGUAUGUCAUCUAGCAUUCUUCGACGACGAUUAUCCUACCUGGACCAAAGUCACCCCUUGUCUGCACCCGCCUGAGAUGAUCUUUAAGAAACCUCUCACGAAUGCUAUGGAUAUCUGGGAGGUUGCCUGCAUAAUAUGGUGGGUUGCGACUGGGGAUGACCUCUUCUAUUCCAGGCAAAAUAACCGUGAGAUUAUACCACAGAUUCAUGCAUUUUUAGGAUCAUCAUGUGCCGAUUGGCUAUUGGGUGCUUCUAUCGAGGGUAUAGUGAACGAAAUAUGGACAACCGCCCCUACCCCUGUUGAUUUCGACGUAAGAGAAAUGGUUCCCCUAGAGCAAGAGUUGAAAGACCUUCUCAGUGAUGAUGAAGAUGACGAAUAUGAUGACUUUGCAAAUUACACAGAGCAGCUUGGGAAGUUCAUGCGUAGGAUGCUGGUGGUAGAUCCGAAACAACGUCCAACGGCAGAAGAGCUUCUGGAGGACGAGUUUCUUCGUGAGAAAAAAACGGUUGGCGCAUAGAACAUGAGCCUUCACUCCCCACUCAAGAGGAUACUUUCACUGGACCAUUUUAGUUGUACACCCUGAACAUUCGUUUAGUGUCUCAGCCUUUCUAUCGUGUGUCUCAAUCUCAGUCCAGCAAUCAAUCAGA